GCUUGGUCUGAUGACCACAAGGCCAGAGGCUACCUCAAAACCAAUUCCCUAGGGAAUGCAUUCGUGCAAUUUUUGAAAUUCUUUCAAAGCGAUCGUAGUACUUACACAAAUGCCUCCGCCCCUGAGGCGUCGCCAAAAAUACAUCAUCAUCAUCAAAAAACAUAAUGUCAAUGAGGAAAUCUGAUGGACCUUUUCUAAUUAUAUCAUCUGACACCUGAGUGAAACCUUGUGCAAUUGGUUUUCCAACAUCAACAUAGAAACUAUAUUAGUGUCCUCGUGCAAGUUUUACUUGUUAGAUUGUUAACUGUAUUGUAAUAAAAGUGGGAUCACUAACGUUAGUGAUAGCCAAAGUCCUCCCCCCCCAAAAAAAAACAUAAUAUUAUUACUAUUAAAGAAAAAAUAAUAAUCCCUACCUACCGACCCUAAUUUUUUUCAGGACUGAAACAGGAUACACAACAUUUUUUUUCCUAGGCCUAGUUGAACAUGACGUCCAGAUCGGAGUCAGCACGGAUCCGCCAGCUGCUACAGGGGCUGACGGAGGACGAGAUUCUGGAGCUGAUGCGGAUGAUCUCACCAAAGUUUGCCACGGCCGAUGCCGAAACACGGAAGAAAGCCAUGCUCCCAGACCCGAACGAGAAGAAGAGUUCAAAGACAUAUGAGAAAUUGAAGGCAGCCGAGCAACGUUACUUUGAGGAAGCGUACAGUGAGAACAGCGAGUUCUGGAAACCACUGACGAUAGAAGACGAGUCUGACUGGCUAAACAACCACCCAGAGUCAGGGCAGACAUUUCAUGAUUGGUUUACUAAGGAGUACCCCCAACACAGAGUCAAUCGCCAACGUCGCACCAUCUACAUCCUUCCUCUGGGGCCGUUUCCACCUGGGCAUGUAGGACAGUCUGCAGCUGCAGCUCCAGGUACAACCACAGAAGCUGAUGGCAGUUCUUCAGACAGGGGAGCUGCAGGCGGGGCCGAGGGCGGGGCCUGUGCAGGUUCAAGGUCAGACAAGGUCCUCCUGACGUGGCUGCAGAAGUUCUGCCAGUGUUUCUUCCUGGGCGUGGACGUCAAGUUUCUGGACCCGGUGCGGGUUCGCGAGGUUGGAUGCCACACAAGGAUCAACGAGCAUACAAAGCAAUGGCAGCUGCUGUCCAAGGACAUCCUGGACUACCUGGUGAGUAAGAAACCGCGCGAUGCCAUCUGCCUGGUCGCCGUCACCAUGUUGGACCUGUACCCCAGCGACUCCUGGAACUUCGUCUUCGGACAGGCCUCUCUCGUUACAGGAUGCGGUGUAUUCAGCUUUGCUCGAUACGACGACAAUUUCUACCACAUCCCACGAGAUCGGCCGAAAGCCAAGAAGUCAGAGCUGGAAGAGUUCAGCAUGCCGCCAGUCACCAGCCCACUUCUGCUCCGAGCCUGCAAGGUGAUGACACAUGAGCUGUGUCACAUGUUUGGCAUGAAGCACUGCAUCUACUUCUCCUGCUGCAUCAACGGCUCCAACAGUCGGGACGAGUCGGACCGACGCCCCGUCGACCUCUGCCCCAUCUGUCUCCGCAAACUCCAGGAGGCCAUGGACUUCCGCCUCGCCAUCCGCUUCCGCGCCAUGCUGCAGUACUGCACCAAGGAAUCCUGGGACGCCGGCAUACCCGCACCUCCUCUGGAGGCGUUCGAACCGUUCAAGAAGUGGCUGGAGAGAGUUCUGGCCUUCAUGGACAAACCAACAGUCGCUGGGAGUGAGGAAAGCAGCCAAGCUUCCGAUUAGCGACUAUAAAAGACUUUAGUAUUGGAUAUGCUUGCAGUAUACCAGUCAUUCCCCCUUCCUUUGCCAGGACAUUACAGUCAAACAAUGUGGCUAAUAGCAAAUGUAAAAGAAUUUUAUAAUCCCUCAAUUCGUCCUUGCUAGGAGUGUAUCCAUUCCCCAAGCUUUACAACAGGAACCAGUAGGGUGAUGAGGGUUACAGAUAGUUAAACUAUCAUUCAAAUGUGUACUAACUGGUGGAUGGAUCAUUGCACAUAUUAUGUAUUAUGUAAUGAGUCUAUAUAUCAAUCCAAUCCAAGAGACAGUAAUACUAAUAGAAUGUUGUUUUUUUCUGCCGGCAAUCAUAACACGUAUUGGAGCAUGUUUGCGUGUUCACACCCACUCCUUGGCAUUGGUUUGAGUCUAACAGUGACAGAGUCACUAACAACCCUGUCUGGGCAUACUAGUAUGUUGUAACAGUUGUGUAUGGAAAUCACAAAAAUGGUUGAUACAGCCAGUAGUCAUUUAAUACAUCCUCUUCAUAAAUAUCUCAACAAAAUAUAGUAGACAGUGCUGACAAAUAACGUGAUGCAUAUGAAAUAUGCCAGGUUCUUUUAAAGGAUAUAGAAAUUAGAAAUAUUGAUUUUUUUUUGCUAGUGUGGGGUUUGAGGUUGCAUGUCUGAUAUAUGUUACUAAUGUACAAAUGUACAUUUGAUUAUUUUUCUUAAGUUGUGCAUUAAUGUGUCAUAGCUAGAAUAAAAUGAAAUUCCAUAAGUGGCUCCAGAUGUCCAAGAACUAACUUCUUAUAACCUUCAAUUGCUUUUUGCUUAUAAUAGCUUUUUUCUCUUUUGCUCAGUUUUUGGCAAGUUCAUGUAGGUCUGCUUUGUAUUUCAAGUUUAUUAGAAGACAGAACAUGUUCAGCUUUUACUUGUUGAGAACUGUAGAAAAUACUAAGAGUUGUAUAUUUUGAUUGCUGCAUGUAAUGCUGGCAACAUUGAUACUUGAAGGAACUAAAUAUGCAAAAGAUAGUAAAAUUAAUUACCCAAGAGGUGUUACUUUUUAUUCUAGAAAAAAUCUAAUUGAGACCAUGAGAUAUUCUAUGUCCUUUGUCCAAUUUUAUUGUUGCUUUGAACAACAAUUUCCUAGCUUUUCAAUUACAUCACAUGUAGAAAUAUCAAAGAUAUUGAAUGUGAAAUAAUCUUUAAGGUUUCUGCUUUAUAGAAGUUUUAAAAUUCAUGUUUCUUAUCAUACAUCAUUGCACGAUAUUUUGGCAAAGCACAAUUAUAAUCUAUAUCAAUGUGCUUGUUUGUACUUUAGCAAUGGCAGUUAUGUCUUUUUAAAAUGCAUGCCACCUGUUAUGCUUCUGUAACCACCAGUUUUGUAAUGUCUUUAUUUUAAGUCGCUGUACUUGCCCUCGAGUAUAGAUGUAUAUGAUAGUUAUAUAUAUGUAUCACAUCUGUUUGUAUCAUCAUAUGAGAACAACAAAGCAACUUUUAUAUAAAUAAAUGACAUGAAAUCUUCAAAGA